GGUGGUGUUUCCCGCAUUGUUUGACAACUGAGGGUACAUCGUUAUUUUUGUUUAUAUUUUCAAAAUAUUGGAUUAUACGUUGUUAUCAUUCCUGGAGUAUUUCGCAAUGGAGUCUUCUUCGUGUGCUGACAUGUCGUUAGAGAUGCUGAGGGUUGCAUCAUUUGGUCAAAACCCCCUAAAACCGGUGACCUCAUUUGAGGGAAUCGCCAAUUUAACACCAAUUCCAUCGUCAUUGAAGCUUUCAAAAUCUGGAUUCUACCGGGACCCCAGCUCGGAUGGGGACAAAGUAAGAUGCUUUUCGUGUGGUCUUGUCAUGAAGGACUGGAGUGCAUUUUAUGGCGAGUCCCCGUUCUCUGUACACUUGUGUCGCAGUCCAGAAUGUCCCUUCCUCAGCUGUCAAAGUGCCGAUGAUACAAGUGCUGAAACAGAUGUAUCUAGUCCCUAUUCUACAAGAUCUCUGACCCCAUUGUCGCCCGAAUUGUUCCUAACGUCUGCUGAAUCUACAAUCGUACGACGUCAGUUAUUUCCAGAGGAUGAUAAUCUACGCACAAACGACAGUAGUUUGACAAAUGCACAGGUUCAGUCAAUGCUCAAACUGCCAUUCAUCCCAAAAUUUGGCAGCAACAACAUGCUUUUCGAAAGCAAGCGAUACGCCACAUUUGCAGCUAAACCAUGUCUCAAAGCAAAAGAACUAGCAUCCAGUGGAUUUGUCAUGUUGACAGGCGAUAAAGUUAGAUGUGUUUUCUGUGGUGAGCAAACCACCUGUCCUACAGCUGAGUGUACUACCCCUGUGAAGGAUAUACAUAGAGCACUGAGCCCAAACUGCCCAUUCUUCAGAGGUUUUGAUGUAAGUAAUGUGUCAUGUCGACUGGAAGAGUUGAUAGAGAGAGACAGUGAGCAUAGUGACAGUGACACAUCAAGUGACAGUGAUGAAGAUAACAACAACACAACAAGUUCGAGUGUGCCGUGCAUGUUUCACAAUCCCUUUUUUGAGGAUUUCACUGUUCGGAAGGAAACAUUCAAGGAUUGGCCUCCACAAAUGAAUCCGACAGCACAGCAGCUUGCCGAAGCUGGUUUCUAUUACACAGGAACAUUUGACAAAGUGAGCUGCUUCACCUGUGGCUGCAGUCUCAGCAAGUGGCAGACAGAUGCUGAUGCACUGGUCCAACAUGCCAAACACUCCCCUAGCUGUCUCUACCUGCAACAACUCUCUCAGUAUCAUGACAUCAAGCAACUCGCCAUGGAGACACAGGAGAUGACAUCCUGUGAAAUGCCAACUGAAGAUGGCCCAGUAAGCAACGAGUCUCCAGUGAAGCUGCCCUUCCCCUUCAAGCCGACAGUCGACCCAUCAAUACUCACCAACUGUCAGGCAGCUCUAGCAAGUCAGUUUGGCUUUCAAGUAGAUCUACAAGUUAUUCGUGAAGCUAUCUGUGAAUUUUAUACUAUUUUCAACAGCUACCCCAACUAUGACCUGCUGGUGGGGUGGAUGCUGACUACAAGGAAGGAGUUCCAGUUGAUGAGGGAGAUGAGGAGCAACAUCCACAGUCAGGGGGUGACACUGAAGGAUCAGCACACACAGAUACAUCAACAGGGGCAGCAGAUACAUCAACAGGGGCAGCAGAUACAUCACAAGGACCAGCAGAUACAUCACAAGGACCAGCAGCUGGAGGAGCUGUCCAGCAAAGAUGAAGAAAUCCAUCAGCUUAGACUGGAACUUAAUUUACAAAACCAGCAGAUCACUCAGCAAAGCCAGCAGAUCACUCAGAUUACUCAGCAGAAGAACAGGUUGAUCAUGAACAGGAAUGAACUACUUCAAGUUCAAGGUGGAAGAAUUGACCAGCUGGAGGACGACAACAUCAGGAUGCAGAACCUCAUCAUGCAGCUCCGGCGGGAGUUGCAGGUGUCCACCUCCCGGAGAGGAUGAGCCUCAGGUGCAGCUGGAUUUCGGACAGUAUGAGUGGUUGUUAACUAAUAUCAUGCAGGACUUCAGUCACAUGUUUGUAUGAAAUGAAAUUUUGUUUUACAUGUCAUCUAUAGGAUACAGUUUCCACAUAUUAGGUAAUCACGGUCUUAUGUUCCCCUUGAUGCAACUGAUCUUGCAUGUUUGAUCCCGGUGAGUUGUCAGCUCCUAUAAUCAUGUAUUUCAUCAUAUGUAUUAUAUUAUGAGGUAAAUAUCUUAGGUAAAUACCCUUGUCUCAAACUUCAGAAUUAAACCAUAAAAUAUGUUCAGAUGGCAGAUGAAAUCGAAAGCCAGAGUAAUUGUAAACUAACAGACCAUCUUUUGCACAGUGGCAGCUACACAGAUACCAUCUUAUAGAUGUACUAUCAUAUGUUUGUCAUUGAUCAUUGUCAAUGGACACCAUUGUUACAUAAUCACAAAACUUGUUGGAAACAUCAUGUCAUUGAAGUAUUUAAUACAACAUAGGUCACCAUUCAACAGGACACCACAGUUCUUGACAUCUCAUGAGUCAUUGUACAUACAGAAUCCCCACGCAUGUUUUACAUAUAUUUAUGAAAUACCACACCCUAGUAUGAGCUAGUGCUUUUGUUUGUUUGUACGUUGAAUAUAUUUGUUGUACUAUAGACCAAUGAGAAAUGUCAUACUUGUUGUUCAGUUUGCAUUGGAAAGAUCAUGUCAUGAAAGAAUAGUUUCAAUGUUAAGGACUUAUUAUGGGUUUUUAUGUUAACAAUGCUUAUUAACAUCUGUUAAGUAAUCUGUUCAAUGGGCGUUAUUGACAUCAGAUUAUUUGUCAAGGAGCUGUGUUCUAGUUAAUUGAUGGCACCACUCUCCUUACUUAUUCCGGCACACAACCCAUGUACAACAGUGAUGUCUGCUUACCCUUAUUAUACUCAAAGUCUUGACAGCAGAAACAAACCAAUAAUACCCACUGCCUACUCAAUUUUAGACCCUGAGUCAGUACUAUCAGAUCAUGUAUUGAUUAAAUGCCACAUAUUUAUAAAAAGACAUAUCAUGAAGUGGUACGGUAGAUAAGCAGUCAAUGUGAAACACAAGCGUUGACCAUGUUUAAUUUAAUCACCAUUCAUGAUGAUGGAUCAACUGAGUGUGAGAGUCAUGGUUUCAUUGAUCAUG